AUGACCGUACCCCUUCAUCUAGGGGUCAACGAUGUGCCGAGUGUCAAGGAGAUUUUAGGAUUCGGGUUUCAGCAAGCAAUGUUAUGUAUGUCUGGUCUCCUUGUCUAUCCAUUUCUCAUCUCAAACUGUGCGUGUGCCGGAGCAGCUGCAGUUCAAUUACGUGUACAACUGAUAUCUGCAACAUUUGUUUCAUGUGGAAUUGCUACAAUAUUACAGACUACUUUCGGUUUGAGAUUAUCAGUUCUUCAUGGUCCUGCAAUGGCCUUUUUACCACCACUACUGGCCUAUAAAACUCAAAAUAUUUGUCCUUACACAGAUCAUGACAAUGUUCCGCCUGAAUUUUGGAUGGGGAGAAUGAGAGAAAUUCAAGGAAGUCUUCUCCUCGCCUGUCUUGUAUUUAUUUUUGUCGGAAUGACUGGAAUUGCUGGUCACCUUUCUAACCUCAUCGGACCCAUCACUAUCGUCCCUUUGAUGCUUCUCCUCACCACUUCCAUCGUUCCAACUAUCGAAGAGAAAUUAUCUCUUCACUGGAUUUCUCUGGUUAUGCUUCUAGUCGUUGUAUUGAUGGCUGUUUACUUGGAGAAUACGAGGAUUCCUCUCUACUAUUACAGUACGAAAAAGAAGCAAGUAGUGUCUACAAAAAUCAGAUUAUUCGGGCAGUUUCCAUACCUCCUUAGUAUGCUUCUUGUUUGGUUCAUCUGCUUUAUCAUGACAAUCACUGAUUUGGAACCAUACAAUGGUGCGGCUAGAACUGAUAACAAUCUGACAAUGAUGGUUUUGAGAGAAUCUCCUUGGUUCCAAGUUCCAUUACCUCUGCCAUUUGGAUUCCCGAAAAUCAGUGCUGGAAUCUUCUUCGGUUACGUGGCAUCAGUGUUCGCUUCGAUAAUCGAAAACAUCGGAAGUUAUGAUCUACUUGCGAGAACAAGUCAACAGAAACCGCCACCGAAGGAUGCUAUCAAUAGAGCGAUUGCAAUGGAAGGUUUUGGAAGUCUAAUCGCCGCAAUCAGUGGUGUAAGUAGUGGUGUUACCACUUAUGCUGAAAACAUUGCACUCAUCCAUAUCACUAAAGUCGCCAGUCGUACCACUAUGCAAUUCGCUGGUUUCGUCUUGAUUCUUCUUGGUUUAUUCUCAAAAUUUGCCGCUAUUCUUGCAUCGAUUCCUGAUGCCCUGGUUGGCGGAAUUCUCACUAUGGGAAUAUCAAUGAUUGGAGGAGUUGCGUUGAGUAAUCUACAGAUGAUUGAUCUGAAACUGUGUCGAAAUCUAUCCAUCAUGGGGUUAUCUCUUCUUCUCGGAAUGGUUGUUCCACUACAUUUUGAGAAACACCCAGUCAACACUGGAUAUUUCGAAAUCGACAACGUUCUGAAUAUGCUUCUGAAUAUCAAAAUGUUGGUUGGUGGAUUGGUUGCAACAUUUUUGGAUAAUACUGUUACUGGAGCUACUCGUGCUCAACGAGGAUUCCGUGAUCAUCUGCGACUGCCAUCAGAAUCCGACACAUCAUCUUCUGAAUCAUCCAACGCCUCAUUUGAAGUUCUAUCUUCUUCUGAUGCCUACACAUUUCCGGAAGUCAUUCAACGACUUCUCCGUGCUGUUCCUUUACUUCAAUCACUGCCAAUUUUGCCAAAGCUUUCAAAAUCUCAAUAUAAAUCCAACCGGGUGUAA